AUGCUAUCAUCUGAUACCCCACCCACAGGAAAUGUGCAUUCAGAUGCACCUACUACAGGGACUUCGUCUUCUGGAGAAUGGGAUCCUCUAGUGCAGUACGUGGUGGUUCGCCGAGACUUGGCGUCUGAGUUGCAGUGGCCUCUGGGGGCAGUAGUGGCGCAGGCAUGUCAUGCUGCGGUGGAUGCACUGGGGCUGGCAAUGGAACAGAGUAGAGAGGAAGCGAGGAGGUAUUUGGCAGAAGGCAGUGGCAUGAGGACUGUAGUUCUGCAGGUCUCAGAUGAGGGCGAGUUGCUGAAACUACGGGAGAAGCUUGUGCAAAAACAAGUCGGCCACAAGUUGUGGCAAGAGGAGCCGGAGAUGAUCCCCACCGCACUGGCCUCUAUACCGAUAAGGAAAAGUGCCGGCAGGGUUUUCAAAGGACUCAAACUUCUGUCGUAG